UCGACCAUGGCGCGGGGGCUGCUGUUGCUCAGUCUGGUGGUCCUGGCGCUGGCCUUGGUGGCGGAGAGACGUGCUGCGUUCCGAAAGCGGUUCAAUGCCUCCCGAGAAGUGAAGCCCGUGGACCUGCCUCACUGCCACCUCAUCAAAGGCAUUGAAACUGGUUCUGAAGAUGUGGAGAUACUCCCCCAUGGCCUGGCUUUCCUGAGCUGUGGGAUGAAGUAUCCAGGCCUAAAGUGCUUUGAUCCACAUAAGCCUGGAGAAAUCCUUCUGAUGGACCUGAAUGACAAAAACCCGGAGGCCGUGGCGCUGCCGAUCCAUGGGGACGGGGUGGACUGGACCACACUUAACCCACAUGGGAUCAGCACAUUCACAGAUGAAGAUCACACCGUGUACCUGUUUGUGGUGAACCACCGAGGGCUCACGACCGCCGUGGAGCUGUUUAAGUUUCAAGAAGAAGAAAGAUCCCUUCUGCACCUGAAAACGAUACAACACGAGCUGCUUCCCAAUAUGAACGAUAUCGUUGCUGUGGGACGUGAGCAUUUCUACGCCACCAAUGACCACUACUUCUCUGACCCCUAUCUUCGGUCCUGGGAGAUGUACUUGGGUUUGAAAUGGUCCAAUGUGGUUUACUACAGCCCGAGUGCAGUGCGUGAGGUUGCCGGUGGCUUUGACCUUGCCAAUGGCAUCAACAUUUCACCUGAUGGGAAGUACCUUUACAUGGCUGAAAUGCUGGGUCCUAAGAUUCAUGUCUUUGAAAAACUUGCCAAUGGGAACCUUGUGCCACUGAAGUCCCUUGUUUUUGACACCCUCGUGGAUAACUUGUCUGUGGAUCCCACCACAGGGGAUGUGUGGGUUGGGUGCCAUCCCGACGGCAUGAGACUUUUGUUCUAUGACCCAGAGAAUUUACCUGCAUCAGAGGUGCUCCGCAUCCAGAACAUUCUCUCCUCCAAGCCGACGGUGACCCGGGUUUACGCAGAAGACGGCUCCGUCCUGCAGGGCAGCACCGUGGCCUCGGUUUUCAAAGGGAAGCUGCUGAUAGGCACGGUCUUCCACCGAGCUUUGUACUGCGAGCUCUAGCCAUACCCUCCCCGUGCUAAGGAGCCAGGUCACUGAGGCCGCGGGCCAUCGAGGGGAACGCAUCUGAGCAAUAAAAGACGUGCCCCACCGAA